AUGAAUGUUAAGUGUGCUAUUGAAUACCAUUGGAGUGGAAAGACUGUAGUUAAAAUUGUUGAUCCAGACUUAUAUGGCUACUUGGACAUGGUGUAUGACAUCUACAAUGAACUCAUCACACAUGUGCCUGUGGGUCAUUAUGUAGUUUUUCAAGCGAAGUGUAUACUACCAAACAAUGACAUAAAGGAGGUAACAGAUGAUCCAUCAGUGUAUGAGUUGUUUGGCUUGCAUAGUUGUGAUAUGAUAAAUAUAUAUGUGGAUGACAUUGUUCACAGCAAGUCUGCAACCGUUGAAUUUACAGUUAACCGGUUCCCUAGUAGUCUGGUUAAUGAUAGAGAUGGUGAACUUGAUGAUGAACCUAGUGGACAAUGUCAACAGACUUUACAACCAUAUGGUACUGGUCCUGGUAGAGCAGGGGAAAAAUUUUUCGAAGAUGAGUGGGAUGAUGAAAGUGAAAAAGAAGAUGGUCAGAAUGACAGUGAAUCUAUAGAGGAUGAUGGGUAUAGAAAAAAUGAUGAGGAUCCAAUUGAUGAUGACCUAUCUGGAUAUGAAUCUAAAGAGUAUUAUGGCAAAUUUGAUGAACAGAACUAUGUAGGUGAAGGUGGCAAGGUGAAGAUUGCUGAAGAUGGUAUCACCUACAUGGUAAAGACAUAUAACCCAGUUCAUACAUGUAUUAAGGCAACCAAGAACAAGUCUGCUACAUCUAGAUGGCUAGCAAUGGAACCUCUUCAACAGCUGAAGGUUCAACCAGAAAUGAAAAUAGAGACCAUGGCUGAUCACAUGCAGAAAACAUAUGAUAUUCAGUUCCACUAUACCAAGCUAUAUAGGGCAUGCAUGAUUGCCCUAGAGAUUAAUGAAGGAAGCCAUUCCACAUCAUAUGCAAAAUUACCUGCUUAUGCUAGGUUGGUACUUCAGAAGGAUGUUGGGAGUAUUUUUAAGCUCCAGUUUGAGACCAGGAACCGUAUGUCAGAUAAUCUAAUUUUUAAAAGAUUGUUUGUCUGUUUUGAUGCUUGCAAGAAGGGUUUCUUAAGAGGAUGUAGACCGUUCAUUUGUCUUGAUGGCUGCCACCUCAAGGGCCGGUAUGGAGGGGUUCUGUUGAGUGCAAUAUCUGUUGAUGGGAACAAUGGUAUUUUUUCGAUUGCAUAUGGUGUAGUUGAAGUAGUGUAA